CAAGCUUGCAGUGUUGGUUCGAUGUGGAGGGAGGGAUCAAUGCGGGAGAGGACCACGUAAAAAACAUGGAGCUCGGAGUAUCUCGUUGCGAGCUGUUCAUCCUCUUCAUGAGCCACAAGUACGUCAAGAGUGCAAACUGCAGGAGAGAGUACGUGCGCGCAUGUGAAGCAGGGAAGUACAUCAUCCCGGUGUUUGUUCCGGUCCUCUUCAAAGAAGCAUCAGAUUCGGAGUCAGGCUGGAGGGGCGACAAGGGCAAAGAAUGGUGGAAGUCGAUUGCUGAUGUUGAAGGCAAAGCCGCUGAAGGAAAUAAGGUUGAUUGGAAUCAUCUCAAGCACUUUCCCAAGACUUUCAACCUCUCAGCUGGAGGAGGAACAGAUGAGAUUCAAGUUUUAGGCGUCGAGGAGCUCGUCGCUGCUGUGCAAGCAAGAGUUUACAGGGGAGACACUGUCUUCCAUGAGGAGGCGCAGGAGGAAGGAGAGAAACGGAGACCGAAGAAGGUGCUGGACAGAGCAGACCAUUUCCUGUAUGAGUUUAGACGUCUGGAUCUGAAUGGUGAUGGAGAAUUGAGUGCCGAUGAACUGUUUGAGGGUCUCAGGUUUAGGAUGUCACAGGAUGAGGUGUCGAGGCUCUUCGAUUGCAUGGACGCAAAUGGUGAUGGGAGAAUUUCCAUGGAAGAGUUUAUUGAUGCUAGAAAGAAGAUGAUCGAAGAUACAAUUUUGUGAGGUACUUAAAGUCGAACGUCAAGUC